GAGCGCUGCUGGGAGGCUGGUUUGGCGGCUAGCGAAGAGGGGGAAAAAAAGAAAAAAAAAACAUAAAAAAAGAAACAAAAAUAAAAUUGGAGGAAGAGAAACUGCAUAUAUUCUAAAUAACUAAAUAAAGCAAAGGGAGAGGAAGGAGACGGCACGGGCAGGCGAAGGCRGUGGAAGAAGAAGGGCAGGCUCGGCAGCGCGGCGAGCAGCGAGGAUGAUACGCGCCGUGGCCGUGGCGCUGGUGGCCCUGUGCUUCCAGGCGGCCGUCGCGCAAACUACAAAUCUGAACCUUCCUCCUGAAGAUCUUGAUUCUUCUGGUGACGACGAUGAUGCUUUCUCAGGCUCGGGUGCAGGUCCCCUGACAGACCAGUCUCCCACUUGGACUAUCCCAGCGGAACCAACUAAUUCCUCAUUACUGGCAGUACCAAUGGAUUUCAAUGAGCAGCUGUUUCCUGGGGUUGAGAGCCGAACUGAAAAGGAAGUCCUACCUCCAUCUGCCACUAGUAGCGUGGUGACAGAGGAGCCAGUUGUAGCUGUGAAAGAUGAAAUACCCAACCUGGACUCACCUCCUGAGAAACCAAUAAAUGACACUGUUAUGACAACCAUGAGAAGUCUCACCACUCACUUUCCUUUGGUGGUUCAUGUAACUCCUUCAGAAGUCUCAAGCACGGUCCAUGGCCUGGAACCAAGUACCCCUGGCUCUGAUGUGCUGGACACCAAAGAUGUGCUUGAGCCCCACUUGCCUGUCCAUCCUGAGGGAGACUUUACUGGUGCCCACACAACAGUGGCUCCUGAGGAUGUACAUGAGGAGGCUUCUGAAGAUGGCUCUGGAGAUCCGGGAGAUUUCAUCUUGAUUAAAGAAGAAGAUUUGGUCCCCACCCAGAACUCUGAAGUGCUGCCUGACUCUGGGAGGAAUGCCAAAGCAGCAGGAGCCUCAGGAAUAAUGGACAGAAAAGAAGUUCUUGGAGGUGUUAUUGCUGGAGGAGUAGUAGGCCUGGUGUUCGCAGUGUUUCUAGUUGUAUUUAUGCUGUACAGAAUGAAGAAGAAAGACGAAGGAAGCUAUUCACUGGAUGAACCAAAACAGUCUAAUGGAGGAUACCAAAAACCACACAAACAAGAAGAAUUCUAUGCAUAAACACUGAUCUUCAGGACACUUUUAAUUCCAUCUUUCUUGGACUCUUCUCUCCCUGCACAUGGACCUCCCUGUGCGCUUUGCAUUAAACUUAAGCCAUAUGAUCGUUGGGUAUUGCCCUUACCACCUUGCCAUUGGAAAUUUUUUUUAACUACAAAGUAGAUUGGGAUACACUGAACAUUCCCUGCUUUCUUGCACAACUUUUUGUUUGUUGAUUUUGUUUGUUUUUAAACAGAAGUGGGACUUCAAACUCCUCAACUUGCGUUGGUUUCUCUAAAGACUGGUGGGGCAGGCGGUGGGAAGAAGAUAAGGCAGCACUGUAUGUACAAGCCCCUUGAUAUUUAGGGAAAGGGCUGGCAAGAAUAAAUCAUUAACAGUGCUCAAAUUCCAUAUAGCAGGGAUCCUUCCUAUUUAACUCGUAGUUGUGUUUCAAGUGUAACAAAUCUCUGCUCUAGGCAGAAGUUUGGUAAACUGCAGUUCUCUAGUUCUUUCUAGCUGCCAUAUUUGGAGCACUUAAUGGUUACAAACAUCAAACCAAAAUAAUUUCCAGUGAAAGGAAGCGUGAGGGGCAGGGAAAGCAAAUGACUGUCGYGUGGUUUAAAAUAACUUAUAUUUUGAAAAGAUCACAUCAUAUUAUCCCAUACUCAGAACUAAUUCCUAAACAGCUGAUUUCAUCUUUUGUUUUGUAUUAGUAYUUGCAAGACCCCAAAAAAUAAAUGGAGAAAUGCAUUUUACCAAUAGCAUUGGACUAUCCUUCUCCCCUCUUUUUCGUUCUAGGCUUAAAUAAGAAAUGGAUUUUUUUUUCUAAACAGUCCCCUCCCAAAUCUUCCCUCUUCUUAGAUGGCAAAUCUGAGCUUGGCUGUUGCACUACAGAUCCUACUAUCCUGUGCUACUGUGUAGUCCCCAGGUAACUGAUGGCUUGUUCUAGCACCUACCUCACUGUGCACUGUUUACAGUGGUUGCCUCACAACAUCAUCUGCCAUCCAUACUACACAGUACCUUACACACAUGGGUAAAAGGUAGAAAACAGCAUAUCCUGACUUUGCAGCUAAGGAGUAGGGAGGCGUAGCAGCUAAGACAAGUUUGAUGAAGGUUGGGUGUAGCUGGCCUUAAAUAUUUAAGUUGGCGUGCUGACUUCGGUGUCUCCAGAGUGCCCCCCUUUCUGUUSUGCACUUUGGAGAGAAGCAGCCCAAGGGAUCUCAGACUUGACAGGGCUGAGAAGUCCUCCCAGAGAAGCCCCCCAGAGGAAGGCCCAGGUGCCUGGAGCUGUUCGUGGUCAACGUGGUGUCGGAUGCAAGACACUAAAGCCUCCCUGAGGGUCUGAGGUUCUCCRGAAUAUCUCAAAAUUGCUUAGAAGAAAAGUGUGAUGUUCUGCACAGGCCCUCUGCUCUGCCCUCGGUGAGCUUCUUGCAAGGUCAGUUCUUCAUCGCUUGGAGCUGAGGGCUUGCGGGGCUGGAGGGGUGUUUACAACUGAUGAGAUGAUUUGUACCCUUUAGCCACAGGGAAUGAUUGGAGAGUAUUACAACAUUUGGUACAAAUGUUGCACAUUAGCAGGAGAACUUAAAUAUCUGGGUAAGUUAAAUGAAGUAUAAAAUUCUCUUAAGCUGCUACGCAGCUAUAAUUGGUGCCUUCUCUACCAACCCAAGAAAAAAAUCACUUUUUUUUUGAUUCAAAACUCUUCUUUAUGCUCAAGGAAAACUUGUGCAUACAUGUAGCUGGCUAUUUUUAAGUAAAACUGCAAAGUCCUUAUGGCUUUUUUUUUUUUUAACUGACCGAAUUUUUAUAGGUUAAUGCACCAACCAGAUGGUUUUAAUUUCAGCUGUAAUUCUUUGCUUUGUAUAGGAAUGUAGAAAUGUUAUUUGAUAGGUCUAUCUAUGAAAAGAUUCUUGUAAAGCACAGGAAGAUAAAGUGGUAAAAUUCAGUUGUACCUCACAACCUUGCUAGGGGGAAAGAAAAAAAAAAACUGUAUAUUUUGGUAGUCUGAACUGACCGUUUGUGAAACAAACAUGACAUUCUGUGUUAUUUAAGUGGUACAAAUGAAAUAAAAGUCUAACAGAAAAUGCAACAUUUGGUUUCUGUAUGCCCUGUAAAGGUAUACUGCAAUAAAUGGCAUUUUGGCGUGAA